GGACUGUCGGAGGGUUGUUAUCGGUUGUACGACGCAGGCGCAGACUAUACCGAUGUCACGCGAAAAUAAUGGCGGAUGAGCUGAGUAGUGGCUCUGUUCCCCCGUUUUACCGGGAGGUUUACGAUAUCGUAUGCCCUAACCAGGAGGCAAAGGUAGACCGCGAUGUCUUCGUCAAGAUCUUAAUGAAAUCCAACCUUCCAAAGACCACGUUGAGUCAGAUAUGGGUAGCUGUUGACAAUAAGCAAGGCUUCCUAAAUAGGAAUGGCUUCUAUAAGGCCUUGGCACUUACAGCAUUAGCUCAACAAGGCAAGCCUGUUAAUGAAAAGCUUCUAGAGAAUUUUGCAGACCAAGAGUUACCAAGACCGUCUUUAGGUGAUUUAACCGAGUUGAAAACUUUAACAGUACAAGUACGGAAGGAGAAAAAUCCCAGUGUGCUUGGCUUCAAUUAUAAACAACUCCAAGAGAUGGAUGUUGUGUCCGUAGGAUUAGUACCGGAAAAGAAAGGAUUACUAUUAAAGCAUGUAGAAUAUGAAGUUCAAAGUAAUUUUUACAAGACAACUGUGAUGCGACGUUACAAUGAUUUUAUCGCUUUACAUGAAGUGUUGCUGCAGCGAUUCCCUUAUCGAUUGGUUCCAACUCCGCCCCCUAAGAAAAUGAUGAGAGUUACUAGAGAGUUCAUAGAGUCGCGUCGGAGGGCGCUUCGUAGGUAUCUGACGAUGAUCUGUAGACACCCUGUUUUUCACGAGAGUGCCAUUACUAAGUUUUUCAUGACCUUUCAGGGCUCAGAUAUGCAGCAUAAGAUUAAGGAGCAAUUUCGUGGCAUUCCAGAUGAAUUUAUGACAAGUCCAUUAGCUGCUCAAGCAAAGGAUUUGGUUCCUAUUGAUACACAAGUGCAGUUUGCUAACAGUAGAGAUCAAAUCAAGAAUAUAUUUGACAGCAUCUAUAAACUUAAAACAAUAGUUGAUAACGUCACAAGAAGGUCUGCUGAAAAUUCUAUUGAUAUGUUACAAUUUGCAAAAGAGCUGAAUCAAAUGAGUGGUGAUUCUCAGCCAGCGUCGGCCUGGGCUAUGGGUACAAAUGAUGGCUGGCCGCAAAUUAAAGGAGGACUGAAGACUAUCGCAGUCGAGUUUGCUGCCCUCUCUGACAAACAUGGCCAACAGUCAGCACGGACUGAUAAUAGUGUAGGUGAAAGACUGGCUCUACUUCUCGACUUGUUGCAGAGUUACAAGGAUUUGUGUGAACGGCAUGAAAAAGGAGUCCUACGAGAUCAUCAAAUGGCCCUGCAGAAGAUGGCUAAUAUAAAGAAGAAGAAAAUGUCUGCCACUUUAAAGGGGGGAGACCAACAACAAGUAGGGGUUGUGGAACAGUUAGAAUCUAGAAUUACUGAGCAAGCUAGUCAAAUCAUGACAAUGGAGAACCGUAAUCUCUUCUCUCUUCACUGCCUGCAAAUGGAAACUCAACUAAUCCAUGCCAAUAUUCCUAUGAUCUCGGACACAAUGCAGGUCUACGCCCAGGCUGAACGUCAAGGAUUUUCAGAGCUUCUAUCUGUUUGGCAAGAUAUCUUAUGUAAGACCGAGUCUGGCGCUGGAGAGUCGCAAAACAGUUUCCUCGUUCCAUCUUAGUGAAUUGUGCCAAAAAAACAACAAAAAAGAUAAUACAAAUUAUAGCACAUUCCAAAAUGAAAAAAAAAAAAAGUCUAACUGUAAAAAAAAAAAUGAUAAUUUUGCUAAUUUUAAUUGCUAUUUUAUUAUAUGUAAAUUUAUUGAAUAACAACAAAUGGUGCCUGUGUGUAUUGUGUUGGUUAAUUAAGUACUUAAGUUACCUUGACAAAACAUUUCCAAUUGAAAUAUGUUGAUAAUAGGCCUUGUUCAAACUAUCAUAUUUUAUUUGACAAAACUAUAUAAAAAGUUUUUGUCAAAGGGAAUUUGAUAAUCUGGAUGGAGCCUUAUAGUGAGGUUGAUGUAUCAAUAGGAAGUUUUCGAUUUGUUCGACGAUGCUUAUGCGUGACCGUUCCCUGCGUACUUAGAUUUGGCCAAAAUUGUGUCCUGGAAUCCAUGCGACGAGGAGAAAUUAACGUUCUCGCAUACACAGAUGACUUUUAGUGAUGUCAUUACGUUCGACGUCCUACCGUCGUCGUGGAAAUCGAAAGCUCCCUAAUUUGUCAGGCAGAGUACAACUCAACAUACUAUGUAAUAUAGAUGAAUAUACAUGAAAGAGAUAUAUCCCGCCUCAUUGAGAAUAUAUUUAGGUUAAUAUUAGCGAUGAGUUUUAUCUGUGUUGUAUUAUUCUAUGCAUCCAUAUAUUUAUAUAUAGAUUAUAAUUAGUUUUAAAGUAUUUGGAAAAAGGUAAAAUUUAAAGAAGGUAGUACUAGGAUAGCCGGCGUAUAGCAAAAUAUUCUGUCUUGGUCUUCACUAUUAAGUCUAUUUGAAAAUAUUUGUGUUUUAUCCAUAAUUUGGUAUCAUUAUGACAUCAUACUCCCAUUAUAUGGGCAGUUCUUAGAUAUCACAGAAAAUUUAAUAGUUUGGACACAGAACAUAGAUUAGCAAGGGUAAAGCUGUAGGUUGGUGGUAAAAUAUCGAAAUUACCUUUAGAAAAUUUCUACGAUUCAAUAUUCAAAUCCAGGAUUUUUUCUCGAGACUAAAUAACAUGCUACUCGCUAAACUGCAUAGUGAGACUUUUACCCGUUUUAUGUCACAUGAGAUAAAAUAUUACGCAAUCUGACGCAUGUUACCCUGAGAAAUUGCUAUGGAGAUAAUGAAAUCUUUACAUGAGCAAAUAUAAACCCGGCGAUAAGACUGUGCCAUUUAUACGCAGACAGUAAAGAUAUGCGCGACACUACAGUGGAACAUAGCUGUACAACAUGCACAGAUCCGUGUUAAAUAUCUGUAGAGUGUUAAACAUUGUCCAGACUGUCAAAUUUGACAAAAACAUUUGACAUGCCUAAAUAUGGUCAUGAUGACAUCACAUCAUGACCAUAUAUAGGCACAUCAUCACUAUAUAUGGGUAUACAACUGUUUUUUGAUAGUGUGAUAUUACAAGCGAUGCACGAAUGCACUUUCACACUGACACAAACAAAGCAGGUGAUGCAUGCUUAAUUUUCCCCAACACAGGAUGCAUGUAAUAUUUUCUUGUGUGGAUCUGGUAUUAGUUUAUCACUUUCAUCCUUGUGGAUGAGAAUUAAAUUUUAAAAAUAAGUUAUCCACUCACUUGGUUGUGAGGGAGGGUAGAAAGGAGUGGUUGGGACAAUGAGGGACGGAGUGAAUGAGUUUUUUAAAAGGGUUAUUUGUAUAAAUUACUUUAUUUGUGUAAGCACUGAAAAUAUAAAUGGAAGUAAGUUUAGAUUCUAGAUGUUGAUUUUAGAUGGAUUAGAUAUGGAAAGCAUGUAAAAUGGCAUGUUUUACAAUAUCUAUCUCUGUGGUUAGCAAUGGGGAAGGGGUGGGGAUAAUGUAUGCCAGACUUAGUGUGGGUUUGGCAUUAUUUUGUUAUGUAUCGCUGCAUAAGAUGCAUGUUGCAUAAUGUCAUGGUUUGCCAAUCUGUUACUUUUUUCCUAAAUCCAUUUUGUUUACUGUGCUUCAAGAAUUUUAUUAAUGUACAUUUAUAUUUUAAUUCCAUAAGCUUAUGCCAAAUAAUAGCUUUUUAUUCUAAUUUUCUUGAUUUAGAUAUGAUACAUUAUUAUUUUAGUUUCAUUAGAAUCAUAUAAUAAUUACAUUUCAGUUUAAAAGUUUUAAGAGGGCAGAGAAAAAAAUUAUUUCCUUUUUAGCAAAUUGGGUUUACCAAGAGUAUAUAGGUGAAAAAGAUCCUUAAACAUUUUAUUGAUUUAAAUAAUAUGCGAGUGUGUGAAGUAAAAAGGAAUUGAGAGUGCCCUCAACAGUGGUGGCGCUAGCGGAAGGGAAAUCCCCCCCCCCCAUGCCACAACAAAGUCAUCAGACCAAAAAAAAAUGAUUUGCUUAUCCAUUUAACAUAUUGAUUGUCAGUCCCUAUUAUUGUGGUCUAAAAGUACAGUUUGGACCAUAAUAAUCCAUAUAAACUCAACCUGUAAAUCCUACCAGAGAUUUUUAUUCCAGGACCCUGACCAAGACUCUAGUAGGCCCCUGGUUUGGACCCCCUGUCAGGAAAUUUCUGGGACCACCACUGGCCCUUGAUUAAAUCCUUGCUUAAGAUUUCUAUCGUGUUGUAUGAAGAAUGUGAUGCGGCAAUGCAUACAGCUACAGCUAGAGUAAUUUAAAAAAAAUAAACUGUAUCUUGUCAUUUCUUGUUAUAACA